GCGGACGCUUGCUCGUGGAUGGAGGGGAACACUUCUGUCACAGUUUGAUGUGAUUUUAUUUCUUUAAAUGAUGAAGGUGUCUACUUGCGUGGAGUGUUGGACAGUUCUCAGCUCACACGUUUUUUUUGUUUUUUUUGACUAGUGAAUUAGUUAACUAAUCCACCGACUACAUCAUCUGUAUUUUUUAGCAUUUGCUGUCUCUAUUAUUUAAAAUGGCUUUUGCAAAAUUCAGCAAGAUCCUCCGACUUCCUACAAUUGAAGUGAAGAAGAAAACCAAACAAUAUGAGCACGUUCAUCGGGAUGUAAAUCCGAACGAUAUUUGGGAAAUUAUCGGGGAACUGGGCGAUGGCGCUUUCGGAAAAGUUUAUAAGGCCCAGAAUAAAGAAACCGGUGCACUAGCUGCAGCCAAAGUCAUCGAAACCAAAAGUGAAGAGGAGCUGGAGGACUACAUGGUGGAGAUCGACAUCUUAGCGUCCUGCAACCAUCAGUACAUCGUCAAACUGCUCGAUGCCUUCUUCUACGACAACAAUCUGUCGAUAAUGAUCGAGUUUUGCCCCGGAGGUGCUGUCGAUGCCACCAUGUUAGAGCUGGACAGGGGUCUUGAAGAGCCUCAGAUCCGGGUGGUCUGUAAGCAAAUGCUGGAGGCUCUUCAGUAUCUCCACAGCAUGAAGAUCAUCCACAGAGACCUGAAGGCUGGAAACAUCCUCCUCACGCUGGACGGAGACAUCAAGCUAGCGGAUUUUGGAGUUUCUGCAAAAAACACCAAAACUCCUCAACGACGAGACACUUUUAUCGGGACGCCAUAUUGUUCGGUGAAGACCAACCGUCCGCUGAGAGAGCUGGUGGCCGAGGCCAAAGCCGAGGUGAUGGAGGAGAUCGAGGACAAUCAUGAAGAAGCAGAAGACCAGGACCCUGCUGACCUCUCACCUGUACGGCUCGGACAUCUCUCACCCAUCACACAUCUCUCACAUCCUUUCGUCAGUUCGGUGAAGACCAACCGUCCGCUGAGAGAGCUGGUGGCCGAGGCCAAAGCCGAGGUGAUGGAGGAGAUCGAGGACAAUCAUGAAGAAGCAGAAGACCAGGACCCUGCUGACCUCUCACCUGCGCCCAUCAAAGACCCAUCAGAAACCAGUGAGACUAGUUUAUAUGGGGACCAUCGCCACAAUGGAGCUCCAAUGGAGCUCGAGGAGGAGCCCAGGACCCCUGUGUCCACCGAAAGCCCUUUGAAAGAGCAGGACGAUCUCAGCGACAGGUUUCCAGAGGAGGAUCACGACAAACCUGAGAGCGAGGCGUCAGGCAAGACCUCCAGCUCGGACUCCGGCAUCGAGGAUGGAAAAAGCACACCCACCUCCGAGGAGGACCCCAAGGCGGUCGAGAGCUCAGAACCAGAGCUGCAUUUGCUGGGAACACCAGAACCUUCAGAGUCAUCCGGAUCGUCCUCAGAAACCACGGAGCAACCCUCAGAGAAACCGGAGGAGGAGGACGCUCACGGCGCAAGGGAAAUGCCUAGCCAUGGCAUUCUGAACCGAAUCGAGUCCAAAGAGCCGAGCAAUCGCAUGUCUGGGAUGAGCGACAGGUCCUCACUGGCUGGAGACGAUGUGGAAAGGUUAUCAAAACGAUACUCUGAUGUGACGAGUGAGAACAUGGACAUCAGCUUGAACCUGUCCGGUGAUAUGUCUGUCAACAAAGACUUGGGCACCAUCUCUUUACGGGACAACAAGAAGACGCUGAAACGCACGCGUAAGUUCCUGGUGGACGGUGUGGAGCUCAGCGUCACCACCUCCAAAAUCAUCACUGAUGACGAGAAGAAAGAUGAAGAAAUGAGGUUCCUCAGGCGUCAGGAGCUUCGAGAUCUGCGUCUGCUGCAGAAAGAGCAGCAUCGCGCUCAGGCUUUGCUCAAUCUGAAGCUGAAAGAGCAGCGGGAGCAGAUGCAGCGCAGAUUCGACCAGGAGAUGAAUGUCAAACAAGAAGUGGAGAAACUGCCCAGGAGUCAGAGGAAAGGAAGCAUGAAGAUCAAAAUGAACAACUUCCAGCAGAUGAAGGCAGACGAGUGGCUGUGUGGAAGGUGCGUCUCUGAGCCGUGUCUGUGUGUGCUGUCUCAGGAGCAGGAGCAGAUGCAGUGCUACAACCAGCGUAUGAUCGAGCUCCACAAGGCCCGACAGCAGCAGGAGAAGAACAGGCUGCCCAAGAUCCAGCGCAGCGAGGCCAAAACACGCAUGGCCAUGUUCAAGAAGAGCCUGAGGAUCCACUCCAGCGGAAGCUCCGCAGAAGACCGCGAGAAGACCAAGCAGUUCUCCAGGCUGGAGGAGAAGAGGCAGAAGGCCGAGCGCAUGCACCAGCUGCAGAAACACGAGAACCAGAUGAGGGAGAGGAUCAGCGAGUGCGAGGGAAACGCCAGAGAGCUGCAGCAGCUGCAGAAUGAGAAGUGUCACCUGCUGAUAGAAAACGAGACGCAGCGUCUGAAGGCUGUGGACGAGCAGCACAACCAGCAGCUGAAGGAGUGGAGGGAGCACCUCAAGCCCAGGAAGAAGGUCUGCGCUUCACCAAAUACCACAAAAAAUAUGUAUUUGACUGACAAUGUAAUUGCAUUGAACAAAACAGACAAUUAAUGAAUCGUCAGCACUAAAUGCAUGAUCGUGACAGGCCUAUUUAAUA